UGACCAAACCUAAUCUGAGAUGACAUGAGAGAAAAGAGAACGCACUUAGCGGUAACGAGUGAAGUAGUAGGCAAAAAUUGGUGUCGAGUAUAUUUUCCAACAAAAUUACACGAUGCAACGAGAGGAGAAACAGAUGGAUUCGGCCUUGGAGGCCAUCAUAAUGCGAGUGAAUGACUUAAAAACCGCGAUCGCCGCGAUGAUAUUCAAAGUGGAGCAUGAAUACGAGAAUUUGAAUUGGCCGAAUUUCCUCGACAAUUUUGCACUUAUUUCAGGUCAUCUGACGAGCCUCUCCAAGAUUCUUGCGUAUGAAAAAAUACCAAAUCUCAAGCAUCAAACGGUUCUGCCACUGCGCUUGAGCCCAGAGAAGGAUGAGGACUUGCUGCGAUUGACCGAGGGUAGAAUUCCCACAUUUGCACACGAUUUGGUUCCCGAUUACUUGAGGACAAAACUGGAGCCCCAAGCUGAACAGAAAAUGAUGCAGCUGGAAGCCAAAGCCGCAAAUGUUAACAACGAUGUUUCACAGGAGUUCAAUAAACAAAUGACACAGUAUUCGAAGGUGGUGAACCAUGUGUGGGACGUAGCAAAUAAAGCACGCGAGGAAUGGGAAAGUGAGGCAGGAUCCAGAGCGACACAGGCACAAACCAGCAGCACCGCGGACACUCACGCCCUUGUAGCCGCUGUGGGAAUGGGCAAAGGUUUGAAAUCUGAUUCUAUACAAAUGGUGCAAACUGGCGUAAAUCCAGUAGCUAGUAGCAUGAUGGUGGGCAGACCUGGCAAUCAGCAGCAAACACCGGGACAAGGACCGAUGGGUAAUCCACCAAUGGGCCAGAUGAACAAGGCGCCAAGUGCAAUAAAAACGAAUAUCAAAGCGGCAUCGCAAAUUCAUCCUUACAGAUAAGAAUCAUAGAAAAAUG